GGGGAGGGGGGUGUUACGUAUAUCCGGCGAGUAGCUGGCGGUCCCGGGUGCUGCUGGGCUCUGUGCUCUGAGGGAGGGUCCAAGCCGCCUGCUGCCGCCGGAGGAACCCCUUGGGCCGGAGUAAGCGUUAAUAAUGUCUUUCAUCUUUGAGUGGAUCUACAAUGGCUUCAGCAGUGUGCUCCAGUUCCUAGGACUCUACAAGAAAUCUGGAAAACUUGUAUUCUUGGGUUUGGACAAUGCAGGCAAAACCACUCUUCUACACAUGCUCAAAGAUGACAGACUGGGCCAGCAUGUUCCAACAUUACAUCCAACAUCAGAAGAGCUGACAAUUGCUGGAAUGACUUUUACAACUUUUGAUCUUGGUGGGCAUGAACAAGCACGUCGGGUUUGGAAAAAUUACCUCCCAGCAAUUAAUGGGAUUGUCUUUCUGGUGGACUGUGCAGAUCAUCCUCGACUUAUGGAAUCCAAAGUUGAGCUUAACGCUUUAAUGACAGAUGAGACAAUAUCCAACGUGCCAAUCCUUAUCUUGGGUAACAAAAUUGACAGAACAGAUGCAAUCAGUGAAGAAAAACUCCGUGAGAUAUUUGGGCUUUAUGGACAGACCACAGGAAAGGGGAAUGUGACCCUGAAGGAGCUGAAUGCCCGCCCCAUGGAAGUGUUUAUGUGCAGUGUGCUCAAGAGGCAAGGAUACGGCGAGGGCUUCCGCUGGCUCUCCCAGUAUAUUGACUGAUGUUUGGACAGUGAAAAUAAAAGAGUUUUACUUCUCUGGACUGAUCCUAUUCACAGCUUCCUCAUGAACUUUUCUAAUAGAACAAGGAAAGCUCUCCGACCGUGUCUGGCGUUGAGAAGCCAAGAGUCUCUGUCUGCUCUCUCAUCGCCCAGUGGUGACAUGUGCUCUUCUCCACACUGUUGGGAGGUAACGCUGCCCCACGUGCUGGUGCAGGUCAGCACCCCGGGACUUGGAGGUGGCAGGAUUUGUCGAGUAGAGCUGUGUGCCAUCACGGGCCACCUGGAAAGAAAAACACGUCUCACCACUGUGGUUGAUUUCAAAAGAAAGUGAUUCUAUUUUUUAAAGAAAGUGUUGUUAAUGUAAUUGGUGACCCUCCUCAUAACUUUUUUUUUAAGUUCACAAUAUACUUGGUCCAGAGUUUUCUUUUCUUUUUUUUUUAAUCUAGUGAAUGGCAUUUAAAUAUUUCAUAAAAUUAUGCACAGAUACACGUUGGAGUCCAGAGCUGAGUUAAGUGAACAGCAGGCUGGUGAGAGAGGCUCCCCCGUCUCCCUGACUGCCUUUAGUAGGUGGCACCACCCUGUGUGCAGAGCACCAGAAAAGCAGAACUGCAGCCUCACAGCCGAGGCUGCUUUCCACUGUGCUGGGCUCCGGUCAUGUCUCCUCCCAGUAUGGAUAGCAGAUGGGUCAUUGUGGAGGAGUUAGUUCUAGCGUGGGUUUUUGUUACUGUCUUCAUUCAAUAAAUUACCAAUUUCAGCCAGUCUUUACUUUUAUGCAGUUUUAAACUUUCAUUUCUUUCUGUAGCACCUUUUUCAUUUUCAGUUGUAAAAAGUGACUUUCGCCUCAUGAAAGAUUUGAGAACAUCUCCCAUGUCACAUACUACAGGUGUGUCUCAGUCAUUUUUGCAAAUUCUAGGGGAAAUUUUUUUCUCAAUAGGAGAGUCACACAGGACAAAGUUACCAGCUUAAGGACUCUUAAUUCUGUGAGUUGAGAAAUUCGACAUCUGAUAUUGUAGCAUUUGUUUGAAUCUAGGAAAGAUUUAUUCCACUUGCAGAAUUUGGUUUCUUUAUUGGACGUCGUGAACUCUGUUUUUUUGUAUUGGUUAUCAAAUUUUUUUUUUUUUUUUUUUGGUGUUAGUUAUCAUCUGUAACUUUUCCAGAUUUGGGGGGGUGGGUGGGAGGUGUUAUGAAAUUGUCUUUCUCCAGUUCAGAAAUAACCUGGGGAAAUUCUAAUCCAAGAACUGUGUGUUGAGCUGUUCCUUUUGAGCCAGCAUCUCUUGUCAGUUAGCACCGGUAUAAAAGCCUCUACGUCCACAGCGGUGUGAUGAGGGUUAUUUUUAUAGCAUUCCACUUCUCUAAUGCCACGUGUGAAAUUGGAUUUUCAUGAUCUUAACCAAUGUUUUACCCUUGUAGUAAAGGAUGAAGGGAUAAGAGAUGGUCUUCAUGUGGAAGGAUAUCUUCUUUAAUGAAAAAUUAGAGAUAUUUUUCUCAGAACUGAAAAUUGUGAUGUUGAGGCUUAUUUGCAGAGAAUUGAACUAAAUUCAGUGGAUUCUUGUUUUUAAUGUGAGAGCAUGGAAAGUGUGGAUAACACAUUCCUGGGGUGAGAGUAUUUUUCUUUAGUUGGAUUUUGCCUCGUUAGUCUUCAGUACUGACCUGUUGGGAAAGCAUACUUUUCACGGCUAGGUCCCAAAUGCAGAGGCUCAAUGAAGCAUAAAGCUGGGAAGAGCAAGUCUUCAUUUAUUAGCAAGCAUAGCUGGUUUGGAAAGGGGUUAAAGCCUUAAGUGAACAAAUCUAGCUAAUGGUGAAUGAACUAGGUAGUUAACUUGCAUACUUUUGAUUUCCUUUGGCUAAAGGUAACCCACACUUCUCUAUCCAGAGAUAGGAGAGGUGUGAUUGCUUCAGUGUUAGUUUUCUUCUUCUUCUUUUUUUUUUCUAUUUGUCCCUAGUCAAUUUUUAGCAAGCUAGAAAACUAUGGAUUCUACACAGGGCAGCUCUUUGUGAAAGUGGUUUAUUUUGGCCACCGGAGAAAGAGCUGGGAUUGAAAAAUCAAGUGGCGCCUGUCUGUUUCUUGCCCCACAGAAAACACAGUUCCUAUGAUAAAAUAGAGGAAAGAAGCUGCUGUAAGGAGCUCAGCUCCUAACAGGAUCAGAGCUUUGUACAGGAACUCCCAUGAAUUGAGACUUUUCAUUCUGUUUUAUCAGAGUGCGUAUAUGUCCUAUUUCAGGAAAAAUAAAACAGCCAUUUACAGAAGAGAGUCAAUCUGUAUCUUAAGCGUUUUAAUAAAAAGUUAAAACAAA